AUGCGCGCGGGUCGCGCCGCGCUGCUCGCGUGGCUCGUCUGCUGCGCGGCCGCGCUCUCCUCGCACAAGUACAGCACGAGGGUCGUCAGGACCAAGUACGGACCGCUGCGCGGGAUCGUCGUCCACUCGCAUCCGCAAGUCGAGGCCUACCUCGGCGUGCCGUAUGCUACACCUCCAUUAGGUAGUCUCAGAUACAUGCCGCCCGUGACGCCGUCGCAGUGGCGGACGACGCGGCUGGCGGACGCGUCAGGGCCGGCGUGCCCGCAGGUGCCGCCCGCCGCCGUGCCCCGCGACGACGCGCUUCUGCUGCACCCGCGCGCGCGCAUCCGCCAGCUCGAGCGACUGCUGCCCGUGCUCGCCAACCAGAGCGAAGACUGCCUCUACGUCAAUCUCUAUGUGCCUGUCAAUGGGGGCGAGGAGGGGGAGGGUGGGGGUCUGCCUUGCCUGGUGUUCGUGCACGGCGAGUCGUAUGAAUGGAGCUCGGGCAACGCGUACGACGGAACCACGCUGGCGGCCAACGGGAACAUCGUCGUCGUCACCAUCAACUUUAGGUUAGGUGUAUUGGGUUUUUUAAAGACUGGUGCUAAGGGGUCAGCGCAGGGUAACUUCGGUCUGAUGGACCUGGUGGCGGGGCUGCACUGGCUACGGGAGAACCUGCCGGCGUUCGGGGGCGACCCCGAGCGCGUCACACUCAUGGGCCACGGGACCGGCGCCGCGCUUGCUAACUUCUUGGCGGUUUCUCCGGUCGCGAGAGAACUACUGAAGCGCGUCAUCUUGUUAAGUGGGUCGGGGCUGAGUUCAUGGGCGUUGCAGAGGGAACCGCUCACGAUAAAAAGAAAGGUGGCGGAACAGACAGGAUGUCACGGGGAUUUAUUGGAGGAUGAUUUAGCGCCUUGCUUGCGGAAUAAGCCUCUAGCAGAGUUGUUAGCGGUGCGGCUGGACCCGCCUCGCUUUCUGCCGGGCUUCGCUCCCUUCGUCGACGGCACCGUGAUAGUCAAUCCAUCUGCGCCGCCGCCGACGGACAGUUCCCGGCUGGGCGCGGGCGCGGCGGCCGUCGCCAACGCCGCCGGUCACGAACUCGCUGACUUCUCACACCGAGAGCUGCUCUUUGGACUUACUACCACGGAAUCUUACCUGGAAUUUAACGCGCAAGACUUGGAGUUUGGCUUCAACGAGAGCCGGCGGGAUCGGAUUCUUCGCACAUUCGUAAGAAACGCCUACUACUACCAUCUGAACGAGAUCUACUCGACGUUGAAGAACGAGUACACGGAUUGGGACAAGCCCGUCCAGAACCCGCUGAGCGUACGCGACGCGACUCUCGAAGUGCUAAGCGACGGGCGGACAGCGGCGCCGCUAAUCAGGCUGGGCUACCUCCACGCGCUGCGCGGCGGCACAACCUACUUCACACACUUCCACCACCUCUCGCAAGACAAGGAUUAUCCACAAAGACCAGGUUCGGUUCACGGCGAGGAGCUUCCAUACUACUUAGGAGUGCCGAUCUCCCUAACACAUCAUCAGCAGAACUACACACAGCAGGAGCAACGCGUGUCCAAACUAUGCAUCCAUUACAUCGCUAACUUUGUUCGAAAUGGGAAUCCCAAUGAUCCAGCCGCGACACCUCCACCGAGCCCAAUGCUGGGCGAGACUCCCCGCCUGGGCCCCGACCAGACGCCGUUCUGGGACACGUAUGACACCAUCAACCAGCUAUACAUGGAGAUCAGUAGCAAGCCGGAGAUGCGCAGUCACUACCGAGGUCACAAGAUGUCGCUGUGGCUAUCGCUCAUACCGCAGCUGCACCGGCCCGGUUCAGACCUGCCCGAUGCAGCUAUGCGACACCAUCACUUUCAGGAUGACAACGCUAACUAUUACGAUGGUGCAGUGAGACCGCAGUCGAUGUCUCGCGCGCACGUGCCGCACGUGGUGGAGCUGGAGGGCGGCGCGCGGGCCGGAGCGCGCAGCACGGUGCCGCCGCGCGCCGCACCGCCUCGCCCUGCGCCCGCAGCGCCGCCCUCCACCGAGUGUCCUCCCAAUGCCACAGCUCCUCCGCAGCACCCGGACGACGCACUGCUGCGCCGCCUCGCCUCCAGUCACUAUCAAUCCUACACGGCAGCGCUGACUGUCACUAUUGCCGUUGGCUGCUUUCUGUUGCUCCUAAAUGUGCUCAUUUUUGCCGGUAUCUAUCAUCAGCGGGGAUCGCGCCCGCGUCGCUCUAAAGAUGACCUAGCAGAGGCCGGCAGUUCGUCCUCGUCAGAUAAUUAUGACGGAAAGCUCGACUAUGAAGUAAGAGCUUUUGACGGUAAAGGAUUCGGGUUUGAAUGUAAGUCAGCACACGUGCCACGCGUUGUCGGCUCCAAAUUUGACCUACGGACUUUGUCAGACUGUGGUGAGCCGACAUUUGGCGAAUAUAGCUGCUACGAUGAGAAACAUCGUGCGGCACGCAGCUCGAUGCCUGAUGUGAGUGUAGGCAGUGCUAUAGAGGCUGGUAGCGUUGUGUGUAUUGACACGCAGAAGCCUGACAUUCAAAAGGUAGACGGUCGCCCAAGUGACGCCGUGGGACGCACAAGCACGUUUGAACCUCGAGUCGUGGACAGUUCGACGCAGGUGAAGUUCGGGCCCGACACGGAGGGUGUCGGUGAGGCGGGCGCGGAGGGCGAGUCGGGGCAGCGCGCGCCGCCUGCGCCCGCCGCGCCCGCGCCUCCCGGCAUCAUGAAGAAGCGUGUCCAGAUCCAAGAGAUAUCUGUAUGAGGGUUCCUCGACACCGCCGAGGUCGUAGUCAACAAGCGGACUAAGUUGUGACUUGUGAUGUAUAAUAACGUUGUACAUAAAACAGUGUGUGUACUUAUCUUGUGUAUGUGUAAAUAUAGUGGUAUCUAAACAAAUGAUUUGUCAGUGCGCGCUAAUUAGAACCACGGCUCGUGUGACUUUUCCGCCUUACCUGAAGAUACAUUGGAUGUAAUGUAGUGUGCGUGACCACGUUUUCAUUUAUCGCAUGUUUUUGACAGCGAAUGGUUAAAAUACCAUAUUACAUGCGGAUGUGUCGAUACGAGAUUUAUAAUAGAGGACCUUUUUCACAUUUGCCACGAAAAGAUAGCGUCAGGUGUUUAAUAAAUCAUUAUAUUUUAGCUCAAUGUGACCAUCGAAAGGCACAUUUAGCUAAAGAUAUUGUAAUGUUAUCGCCCGCGAUGUCGUUCAUAUUCAAUUUUAUGGCCUAGUUACUUAAUAAUUGGAGAGAUGUGAAAUAGCGUGAAAGGAAUCUCGUUACUUACUGUGAAGGGACAACUUGCUUCUAGAUCAGCGUGUUGACGUAACGGCACAAAGGUAUUAUGCAAGCAAGUUGCUUUUUACGGCAAAACAUGCCAGUUAUGAUUAUUAUUAUUGUCCGAUAGAACGAAGGAAUUGUAGGCUCUUGUGAAUAUAUACGUAUAUAAUAAAUGUGAAUAUAACAAUAAAUUAGUGAAAGAAGACUUACAACAAACCGACAUUAGCUGUACAUACUUAUAUCAAAUGAAGUGUUUCAGGUAUGUAGGGUAAACUAAUAAUAACUGUAUUGUUUAAAAAACAUCGCAUAUGUUGUAAUUUUUUGUAAAGUUAUUU